AUGGACCAUAAACAGAUUCUGCAAGCAUAUCGAGAUGAAGUAAACAAAAUACAUUCGAGAUUAUCUCAACUAGAAGUGAAUUCAGUAGAACAACGAGUUUCCGAUGAAGUACAUAAAUGGCGACUAAUUUUCGAUACAUCUUCAUCAAAAGAAAUGGAACAGAUAGUUAAUCGAAUGGAAAAACAUAAACAAGCGGAAGUUAGUCAGUUAACCAACGAAUUACGUGAUUCACUCAAUGAAUUCAAAGAACUUCAAUUUAAUCGUCUUACUGAACUUGAUGCUUUUAUCUUAAAAAUAAAUCCUGAUGAUGAAAUUCAACUAAAUUAUGUUAAAUGUCAACUCGGUUCCAUUCUUAACAAAAUAAAUUCUCUUCAUAUCAAUAUUCUUGUACAGAUAGUUGAUCGAUCGAAACGACAACGUUUAUCAACUCCACUUGGUCGAAAUGCACUUCAACUAAUUAAAAUAUUUGAAUUUCAAAAUCCGAAAGGUUUUUCUAGUUUUCUUGAUCGACUGAAAAAUUUUGUUCGUCGUCUAUCAAUUGCCGGUGCAAGUCAUUACAAUGUCUAUGCGAUUGAACACCAGAAACAUUUUUAA